CCCUGGUAUCAGAAACCAGUCUAAAACCUGGGUCCUUAUACACUGCCAGACACAUCCAUCGGGCCACUUAAUGUUUUGAGUUUUGACGGUCUGUAGCAAAAGUUUAAUUUAUUUUAGGUUAAGCAAUAAUAAUAUGUUUGAAAAUACACGAAAAAGAUGUUUAAUAAAUCAGUUUCAAAACUGCUUCAAAACUUUUUGGUCUAUGUAACAUUUAUUUUUGGCUAGGGACCGUGAAAACCAAGUCAGAACUUAAAAUGCUAAUUGAGCCGAUAGAUGUGUGCGCGAAUAUAUUUCAUUAAUACACAUAACCUGUACAUUAUUAUGGAGAGUUUAACGUUUAUCGUCCUUUUGUAGGUUGACAUUGUAGCGUGAAUGGGUAAUAAUACAGCCGCAUAAUGCCAGCACUUCACUUGACCAAACGUCUUUGCUAUAUGUUAAAAGAUAUUUUUUCCGGAACAAGUACUAGGAGACUAUACACGGCUAAGAGGAUUAACGGUUAUGAAAAUGGAAAGAAGAUUAUAUUUAGAUUUUUUUCUUUUUUUUUUCUUUUAUGGUUAUGAAAAAGCUUCUCGCCUACACCGAGCUACUGACAUACAGCCAACAGACUCAAUAGUCCGGGUGACGUGUACAACCGAACUAUCGCAACCAAAAAAAUCAGUAGUUCGGUCUGCCAGACUAGAAACACAACACAGAUAGCCAAGUGCAGUGCCUUCAUAAGAUGUCUCUUCUGUAGCUAACGCCAGAAGGCAUGAAUUUAUUAAUUGAUAGUGUUAACCCAAGAAUACUUUUAGGUGCUGGUAACACAAAAUAAAAAAUAAACAUGCCUGUAAAUGAAAGUUCAUUUUUUUACUGCAAUAGAUAACAACAUAAUACUUCUAGCACAUGUUGUAUAUGCAAUAAAGUGGAUAUUAUUCAUGAGAUUUUGGAAUUAUUACUCUAUUUUAUUUUAAGCAUUUUAUUGCUAGAUGUUUCAAUCUAAGGAAAACUUUACUAGAAAUAAAUCCACUCGGGCGAGGCUUCAAGCGAGAUUCGAUCAUGAAUCUUUCGUUACCCAGACGGAUCGCCAUGUUCACAUGAAUUACGGAAGAUAGUAAAUGUCAUUUAGAUUUAAAUAUUUUAGAAUCUUAUUAAAAAUACUAGAACAAAUUUCUUUCAGCAGUCAGGUAAUGACAAUAAUAACAAAACUUAAAUUACUCUAUUUAAAAAAAAAAUCCAAUUUAUUUUCAUUUCACACAAGAAAAUAUAUAUUUUGCAUUCACGAUUUCAAAAUGCACCAUAAUAAAAUUUAUUUUUAUCAUACUUGUAACCAUCGUAUCUUACGGAUAACUUUUCAAAAUAUUGUAGUUUCCGAACAAUUCCAAACUCCCAAACACACAGCAGCAUACUGGUCAUUCAAGUACCUGCCGGCGAAGGGUUAAUAGCCGCUGCGACACAUCACAUGACAAUGACAAUGUUGAGAAGCUCUUCGUAGCUACUGCCUGUAGUAUGCAAUGAAACAUCUCGUUCUAUAUACAAUGCAACAAGUUGUAAUACUGUUGCUCUCUUCGUUACUGGUUGUAUGUGAAUUUCAACAAGAAAAUUGUCCCAAUGUGAAAACUCCGUUGAAUUUAGUGAGGAAAAGACGCCACCUUGUGUUUCCCGACGGAUCAGAUAUAGUGCUGACAGCUUCCAUCGUGAAAGCCAUCAUGACACAUGCUCCUGCAGGCUGGAAUAUUGCAUUGGAGCUGGAUGUCCACUACCCAUUGCCCAAUGCGAACUUCACAAUGUUACAUUUGAGAAGAAAACUGCACCACCGCCAGAAGAAAGAUAUGUGGAUGAAAAUUGAAAACGCACUCAAUCUUCACAAUCUGGACGGGCGUGCGUGCGUUCUCAAAAGUGUAUGCGAAGCCAGGGCCUACCUCGCGCCCCCUGGGAAAUCAUUGGUCCAUGACAUAUUAAGAGCCAUACUAACGGUACCAGAAAACGACGAAGAAUUUGCAGGAGAAAUGCACGACGUUUAUAACGAGUUGUUGUCUCCAGAUUAUUGUGAAGAAUUGAGAUAUUGUCCAUUUUCGUUGUUACAAUUUCUAACGCCACAUGGAACUUAAUGAUAUACUUAGUUUACGAUUUAAUACUCUAUCCCAGUUAAAAUAUAUAGUGCAAUGUUGUAAACAAUAUAUAUUUCUUUCUUAAAUUUUCACCGAACCACUUAUUAAAUAAAACAAGUUUCAACGGUAUAGAUGCAUUGAUUUA